UCAGCCUCCGUCUGUCUGUUGCAUUGUCUCACUGGGGACGCAGCGUGCCAUGGUGACUCCACUGGACCAGGGAGCUUAUUAUAAGUGACAUACAGAAACAGGAACAACAGGAAAUGAAGACAUGGCUGGUUGAUGUUCAGCUCUCUGGAUUCAUUAAUUCAGGUCUUGUGCUGCGUGGAGCUGAAAGGUCUGCAUGGUUAACAGAUAGAUGGUGAUUAUAUUUUAAUUCAAGCUGCUGCUAUGUUGCUGAACUGUCUACCUGGAGCUGCACCUUAAGCCCACUCAUUCCUCCCAUCCAUUGCAUCUGAGCGGUGGUCAGUGGUCGGUGGAUCCGCCUGCAGGAGGAUGAUGUCCGGCCGCCGCAGCAGCUGCGCGAACUCGCUCUGGUCCGGCUCGGAGCGCGUCCGCAUCGGAGAGCGGCUCAGAGCGACGCUGGCCGGCGUGCUGGAGCUGGAGCUGCUCAGGUGCAAACACCUGGAGAUGGUGGACACCGCGCUGGAGGAGGAAGGGAGUGCAACCGAGCAUGGCUCUGCGACAUCCCGCAGGCAACAGGCUCCGUCUCCCUCGGAUAUCGUGGUAUUGCCCUGUCAGAGCAGCCCGGAGGACUGUGGCAGUAAUUCAGGGGACGGGACGGUCCACUCCUCAUCUGGCAGGGGGGUUAACUCACGCUGGUCUACUCUGUCCUGGGACGCCCCCUCUGACCUGCUCUCUCCCCCGACACCAGACCCGAGUGGUACGGUCCAUCUGGACACUGACUCCAGACCUAGUUCAGGUUUCUAUUCAGUAAGCGGGAGCUCUCUCUCGGACUCCUGCUACUCUGUAUCCAGUGACGCCGCUCAGGGAGUGUCGGCGCCACCGGCCAGACCCCUGAAGCUGUGGGAGCAGGUUCCUCUCUCCGCUGACACCGCUGACAUCCUGUGGUCAGAGAGUGCGGUGCCGCAACAGCAGCCGGCACUGCAGAGCAGCCAGGAAGAUGCUGAACCAACAGAAGGGAUGCCAGCUUCAGUCCAAAGUGACAUUGAAGCGACUGGUCUGAGCUUCCUGUCUGACCUCUGCUCAGGACUCGGUGACUCCCUGAUUUCUUCCCUCUUCCCGCCUUUUGACCCGACCUUCUCUUCCUCCUCCCCCCAUCCAAACCCCCAGCUGGACCCUCGCUACUGCACAGACCUGGUAUCCCGUCGGACCAAAGAGGUAUACCCCUACCCGAGCCCGCUGCAUGCCGUCGCCCUCCAGAGCCCCAUCUUCACCUCACAGGAGCAAUCAGCCUCUCCGAGCCCUGAAGGACCACAACUAGAUGAAUCUCAAGAGCCCAACGCUGAUUCAAGUCUGUCUCUCCAGCUUCACCAGCUCCCUGCCUUGGCUUCUUUCACCCAGCUGGAGCAGUACAUCUCUCGGCUGGCUCGCCAGUACCACAGUCGGGUAACCGCCUCCACCUUCGAUCUUACUUCAGCUGCCACCCCAGGUCAAGUCAGGCACAGAGGCCUUUGCACCCCUGGCAAAAGUCACGGUUCCACUCAGUCCCUUUCUGCCUUUGAGAGCCGCAGUACUCCCUCCACCCUGCCAGGGGGCAGCAUCACUCCCUGUAAGUCACUGCUGGGGAACCACGCCAGAAUCAGCCUCAGCACCACUGGGAAAAAAGCCACAAGGAAUUCAAUCAACCUGGGUAACCUUCCUUCAGCAACCGGAGAGGACUUGAACAUCAAUCUGCAUCUCAACCUCAACUUGAACCUGACUCCUGGUUUAAAUUCUAGCCGGGGUCUGGUGGACAAUCCCAAAAAUGGCAGCUGUGGAGCUUUGAGGAGCGACUUCGCCUCAGUUUCCACGGCCUCUGCGACGUCACUCUCCUCUGCUACGUCACUCUCCUCCGCUACACCCGCCCCGGCGCUUAGGGCUCGCCCUCGCAUUUCAACGUGUCCAAGCAGCCUGAGCCACCGCAGUUCCCUGGAGGUCACCUCAGGGCCUGGACCCAGUCCUGGAUUUGGGUCGUCUGCCUUCUGUCGCUCGCUAGACUGGAGCAGCGGUGCUCCACCUGAUACCGGACCAUACUGGAGCAGCGGUGCUCCACCUGAGACCGGACCAUACUGGAGCAGCGGUGCUCCACCUGAGACCGGACCAUCAGUGUUUGGCACAAAUUCUGGAUCGGCUCCUGGGUCUCAGCGCAGCAGCUUGAUCCAAGAGUCCAGCUCCAGUCCCAAGCUAAGCGAAGACUCCCCCAUGGUGGGGGAGAUCUCCCGCCUCUCCGGCCUCUCGAGGGCCGUUGUGGUCGGACUGAUGGAACAAGGUGUGGAGCUGGAUAUUGACUGCUUCCAAUCGGAAACCGCAGGCGAGGUGAGGGGUCACAAUAAAACUCACCUGACAGCCCAGUCAGAUCAGUCACAUGACUAUACGAGACUGACCGACCUGAGUCCCCCGAGACCAGUACAGCUGUCUCUCAGUGUCACCCAUUCUCCACAGUCUCAUUGCAGCCUCACCCCUCCUCUCUCACACUCUAGCAGCCCCAUACACCCUUAUCAGUCCAUCCAUAUCCCCUCACCCCACUACUCCUCCCACUCCCACUACCAGCAGAUCCCUUCCCCGUCUGACCUUCCCUCCUCCACGGCCUCCUCCCCCGCCUCCCGCCCCACCACCAGGGGCCGCUCCCCUCCCCGGCCUCUCCAGGCAUCGCCUCUGGGUGCCACCCCGCUCUCUGUUUUCCGACGGGACGCGCCCUUCCAGUGCUCCCUGCCUCGCACCAAUACGAGGAGCUCUCCUUCAGAGCACGGCGGUAUCCAACCGAGGGGUGGAUCGCUUCGGCAGAGUGCGGGAGGAGGUGGGGGUGGCAGCGGGUGGAAGAGAAAGGAGGGUGAGGGGCUUUAUAGAGGAAAGCACGCCUCCCACAAGUUGAUCCGGGCGGCCACAGUAAGCAGCUACGCCAAGAGAGAGGACUAUAGCUCCGUUUGGGCUGAGGAGCAGGAGAGGGAGCGAUCGGCAGAGCAGACGCCCAGGAAGACCUCCAACAAACUCUGGAGGGGCUUCGAGGGACGCCUCUGGGGCAAAGAGUCCGAAACCGAGAGGGAGGAGAUGGACAGAGCGGAGUAUGGCUACGGGUGGAGGAGGAACAGCGUUGGAAGCUGGAGGAGAGAGCAUCGAAAGAUGAAGGCUUCAUCCAGCAGUAACGACAAGAGGCCAAAAGCAGACAACUCCCCCAUCUUCUCAAAGAAGAGGGGCAAGGAAGAUGGCGAGAGACGCAGCACCAGCCUCAGGCUCUCCAGGAGGGCUUUGUUCAGGAGCGAGUCCCAAGGCUUGCUGGUGUCUCGUAACCACGGCGAGGAGCCCACAAAGCGGGCGCACUGGGUCUCCUCGUUAGACGUGGGGCAAGGCGGCAUGGGCCUCAGCAGAGACGAAGGCGUCAGACUGCUGCGAGCAAGGGAGGAAGACAAACGCCUGUCCUCCACCGCCAGCCUCUUUAACCUCUCUCGAUCUCAGAGCAUGGAGGGCAGCUGCCACUCCCUCUCUCCGCUCUCCUCCCCGUCCUUCUCCCCAUCCCCGCCUCCACGGAUGCCCCUGCAGCGCUCUCGAUCGCUGAGGGACUUGGGGAGGAGAGUGUUUGGCUCCAUGAGGUCCCUGAGUCUCAAGCGGAGGCCAUCCAAGAAGUGACACUUGUACAAUAAAUAACCAUAAAUGCAUCUUCUAUGUGUUACAUUCAAAACACCAGUGAUGGUCGGUGUUAUAUUUCAUGUAAAAGGAAGAGCCAUCAUUUUAAAGCUUCAAAGACUUAAUGAUUGAAUACACAGAUACACUGGUUUUAUAAUACUGGCUAUAAGACAUCUUUCAUCCACUACCAGUAUGAUGGAAGUUCCUCUCAGGCACAUAAAGUCUGUAAAACCUGCUAUUAAUUAUGCUCAUUCAUCUUAGUAAUGUUUUUGUACAUUUUUAAAGACCGACACUUUUUAUAGCCUCCCAAAAAACUACAAAAUGUCAAAUUUCUCCAAACAAGUUCUGCAGCAUAAUCACAGUGCUUUGCAGCCAAUUGAUUUCCUCACUGACCGUGUAUUAUUGUAAAUUGUGCACCCUACAGUAGCAAGCGAGAGCGCUGUGGGGUGCAGCAUAGUCCAGAGGGAAAUGUUAGUGAAGAAAAAACACAGGCGACAACUUCAUUUAGGGGUGAAUAAUUCCUUUUAUUACACGGCUUUGUUGAAUACUUGAUUCUGGUUGGUCAAUCACGGCGUUCUACAGUCUGUUAUUUCUUUAUAGCAGACCGUUGCUAGGUAUAACAGGCCGUUGCUAUGGGCGCAGCUCUGA